AUGGGCGGACUUUGGUCUGGUAAAACUUUAUGCUACGUGUUGCCGAUCUUGACUCAAGUUGGCCCUCAUCCACAAGGUGAACUAAAAGCUCUUGUCGUUGUACCAGUUCAAACACUUGUGAAGCAAAUAGAGGAGGAAUUCAAAUCGUACAACGCUUGUGGAGCUGUCAUUUCUGCAUUAUCAGGAGCGAACGAUUUCCGAAAAGAACAGCGCAAUUUGGCUCCUGAAGGUGUCUGCGUCUCGGACGUUAUUAUCGCAACUCCUGGUAGACUCAUGGACCAUCUGACCGACAGGGCCAGCGGUGUAAAACUUGAUUCUCUUAGAUUCCUAGUUGUCGACGAAGCCGAUAGGAUGGGCACAAUGGUCAGGCAAGAAUGGUUAGCUGUAGUCGAGCGACGAAGUGGAGGACUUUUGCGAGCUACAUGCUUGGCGGAUAUACUUGCAACGAGAUUGGCACCCCGAAAGAUCCUUUUAUCAGCAACGUUGUCGAGAGAUGUUGAAGAAUUGCAUAUGUGGAACCUCCAUCAGCCUCGUUUAUUCCGUGCUAAUGAAUCUACGAGUAAAGAGGUUGCUGUUGAUCUGCAUUCUCUUGAUCAUGUUUCUGGAGCUUUAUCACUUCCUUCGAGUAUAAGGCAUACUGUGCUAGCCGUGGAGCAGAAGUUUCAUCCACUAGUCCUAUUUUUGAAGAUUGUGGAAGAGGAUUGGAAGCGGGUGCUUGUGUUCACUAAUGAAAAAGAAUCCUCUCUACGUCUGUCUAUACUUAUCUCUCGUCUUGCCAAAUCAAAAUUCACUGUGGAGCAACUCACUGGCGACCUUUUCGGAAAUCGAAGAGCAAAAGUACUGAAGCGAUUCAAAAAUGGCACGACCCGAGUAUUGAUAUGCUCGGACGUCUUAUCCCGAGGAGUUGAUGUGGAAGACAUUGAUUGUGUUGUGAACUAUGACCUUCCCAAGAAUGACCGUCUUUUUGUGCAUCGUGCCGGACGCACGGGCCGUGCUGGGAAGCCUGGCCAUGUACUAAGUCUUGCUGAUGGAGAAGCGGUUAGUGCUUUGCGGAAGAUUUUUGUCAAAAAUGUGCUGCGGAAGAAUGGCCUAUGGGUGAAUGCAGAAGAAGUUAAGAUUGCAGAAGAUGUGAUUGAACCACAUUUACAUCGAUAUGAGAAAGCCCUUAAGCAUCUCAAAAAGACGUUAGAGGCAAAGCAAGCAGCCAAACCUUCCAGU